AUGUCGAACGUGGAGGAGAUAAUCAGCGAUCAGACACAGCUGAUGUACUCUGUCGCACGAGUUCUGCCAAAUUUCAAGAAACUUGGCCAAGCACGGAUGACUCGUGCCGUUACCAAGGAGCGCCUCGCCAACCUGAAGGUCAUCUUUUCGAAGUGCCAGGAACUCCAUUCGAAAAUCACUCGUCUGGCCAGUGAUACUCAGAAGCAGCAGCUGCCUUACUUCAAGGAGCAGCAGUUUUUCGCCUGCGAGGACGUCUUCAACGAAACAUCCGACUACAUGGCAGAAAUUCUCGAGGCCUUCGAACCAGGACCGCGGCAUCAGUCAACAACCUUGGACGUAAGCAACCCUUCCGAAUUCUCUCGCCGGUCGUCACAUUUGCCCAAGCUACACUUACCGACGUUCGAGGGAGGCUUUGACAAAUGGGAAAAUUUCCGCGACCGAUUCACCUCGUUAAUCGCUAACGAUACCUCGCUGUCAAAUGUCGAUCGUUUGCAUUAUCUUUGUUCGUGUGUAAAGGGUGAAGCUAGUAAGGCGUUGAGCCACCUCGCGAUUACAGACGCGAAUUACGUUGUCGCGUGGAACCUCUUAAUUUCACGUUACGAAAAUAAGCGACGCUUGAUUACCGGGCAUUUGCAAACAUUAGUUGAUUUACCCGCGGUUCCGAGUAAAAACUCCAAAGACCUUCGGUACCUUUGUGAUCAGACCAACGCCGCGAUACAUGCGUUAAAGAAUCUCGGGCGUCCGGUCGAGCACUGGGAUGAUCUAUUGGUCUUCCUCGUUUCGCAGAAACUCGAUAAAUCAACUCGGGAGGCGUGGGAGAUAAAGCUUGGCGAAACCAGCGAGUAUCCUCGCUUUAAAGAUCUUACGCAAUUUAUCGAUACUCGAAUUCGCGCAUUCGACGCGAUCGCUCCCGCGAAUCCGAAAGAGAAAGCAUCCGAGUCGAAUAAAUCGGCGAAACGCCACGUACUCGCCUCCAAUUCCGGCGUUCCCGCGAACGUCACGUGCCCUGUCUGUAAAGCCAAACAUUUAUUAUACCAGUGCUCGACCUUCGCUAGCAAAACACCGUCCGAACGAUUCGAGUUAAUCCGUCUCAACCGACGGUGUAUCAAUUGCUUCAGCGCGAAGCACGUUGUGAAGGAAUGCACGAGCCCGCGCACAUGCAAACAGUGUCAGAAAAAGCACCACUCGCUCUUGCAUUUUGACACAUCCGCCAAUCAAGGAGAUACCAUCGAAUCCGCGGUCGCGACGACGUCGAGCGACUCGAGUAAUAGCGACGUCACAACGCAUCUCUCCACAAACAUGGUGUCACCGCAGGCCGCGAUUCUCCUCGCAACUGCCCGCGUUCGCGUGCAUUCGCCACAAGGACGAGUAGUUACUGUUCGCGCAUUGAUUGAUCAAGGUUCCGCAGUCACGCUUAUCACCGAAUCAAUCGCCCAAUGCCUACGGUUACCGCGCGUCAAGCAAGCCGUUCGGAUUGCCGGCAUCGGCGAUAAACAAUCCGUAUCGCAUCACGCAGUUACCGUCAUCGUAACUCCUGCGUUCGGCGAUGAACCUGCGUACUCGACGACCGCUCUUGUUCUCCCCUGCUUAACAAAAUAUACGCCAAAUCGUACAAAUUCCGCGUGUCGCUGGUCGCAUAUAUCUGGAUUGCGUUUAGCCGACGGAGAUCUCAUGAGUCGCGAUCCGAUCGACGUCAUUAUCGGCGCCGACCUGUAUGGCCUGAUCCUCCUCGACGGUAUUCGAAAAGGAUCCGUUAACGAGCCUACGGCUCAAAAAACCACUCUUGGCUGGAUCCUCUCCGGACCCGUCACUCCCAUCUCCACUGAUCCACGCGCAUCUGUGCAGGUGCAUCAUGGAACCGUCCUUGAAUCUCUCGACUCCAUUCUCCGUAAAUUUUGGGAAAUUGAGGAUAUUCCCCUCUCAUCUUUUCCAAAUCCCGAAGAUCUCGAAUGUGAGGAACAUUUUUCGUCCACUCACUACCGCACGCCUCAAGGGCGUUACGUCGUUCGGUUACCCUUUAAAGGUCACACCGCAGUCUCGUUAGGCGAAUCGCGCGCCGUCGCCUUCGCCAGCCUUCAACGCCUCGAACGGCGUUUCCUUCGUCAGCCGGAAACGGCUUCCGCCUAUCGCGAAUUCCUUACCGAGUAUCGUCAACUCGGUCAUAUGACCAUCGCGCCAGCGGAUAAUCGCCGUGGGAAUGCACUCCACCGCUAUUAUAUCCCGCAUCAUGCUGUCGUACGAGACAGCAGUGCCACGACGCGCUUACGCGUCGUUUUCAACGCGUCGUGUCGAACCUCGGACGGCACAUCCUUGAACGAUCACUUGAUGGUCGGGCCUAAGCUCCAGCUCGAUCUCGCCACGGUGCUAAUGCGAUGGCGUCAACAUCGCUAUGUCUACACUGCCGACAUCGCAAAGAUGUAUCGGCAAAUUCUAGUUGACCAACGCGAUGUUGACUACCAGAGGAUUCUGUGGCGAGAGUCUCCGGAACAACCAGUCGAGGAGUAUCAACUACUCACAGUUACCUACGGCACCGCUUCCGCUCCUUACCUCGCUCUCCGUGUUUUGCGACAGUUAGCGCAAGAUGAAGGCGCCUCAUUUCCGCUCGCGGUUCCGGUUCUCCUUUCGCAACUUUACGUCGACGACAGCGUGUUCGGCGCCGACGAUAAAAUUCUCGCGCGCCAGACUCGCGACCAACUUGUCGCUUUAUUAGAAAAGGGCGGUUUUCGCUUGAGAAAAUGGGCAAGCAAUUGCGCAGAUCUUCUAUCGGAUAUUGAUCCGUCCGAUCACGGUCUUGCCUGCUCAAAGGAGCUAUAUGAUGAUGAGCGAUUGAGCGUGCUAGGUCUCACGUGGGACCCGUGUCGCGAUGUCUUUCGGGUUAAAGUUUCUCUCCCGACACAUAUUUCGAAAACGAAACGCGAGAUCUUAUCGACCAUCGCCAAACUAUUUGAUCCGCUCGGUUGGAUCACCCCCGUCGUGAUUACCGCAAAAAUAUUUCUGCAAACAUUGUGGCAAUUAAAAUGCGAUUGGGACGACGACAUUCCCGGCGAUUACGCAACCGACUGGGAACGCUAUUAUUCGCACUUAUCGUGCCUUCAUCAACUCGAAAUCGCGCGCUGGACGCGAUCCGGCUCUCAUACCUUGAAAACGGAGUUACACGGUUUCUCAGACGCCUCUACGAAAGCCUAUGCGGCGGUAGUCUACCUCCGUAACAUUAACAUCGACGGAUCGGUCGACGUUUUCUUGCUCGCCGCGAAGUCCAAGGUCGCCCCUCUCAAAACAUUAAGCGUUCCGCGUCUCGAGUUAGCCGCUGCACAUCUUCUUUCGCGCCUCGUGCAGUUCGUUCGAACGACGCUUCAACUGCCGAACAUCGAAAUACAUUGUUGGACGGAUUCCACCAUAACGCUAGCCUGGCUAAGUAAAUCGCCGUCUUGCUGGCGAACGUUCGUAGCAAAUCGCGUCGCGGCCAUUCAAACGACCUUACCGGACAUACCGUGGCGCCAUGUUCCGACUUACGACAACGCCGCCGAUGCCGCGUCCCGUGGUCUUGCUCCGGAGGAACUAGCUCCACAUCCGUUAUGGUGGCACGGACCCCCGUGGCUGUCUUUGCCUCCAACCUCUUGGCCGAACGGCAAUCUCAUACAAGAUGAGAUCACAUCCACCGAUCUUUUGGAGAAACGAAACGUACACGUCACGGAUUCUCCGGCGCCUCCGGAAUUAUGGGAUCUCGCUUUUCGCUUCUCAUCAUGGCCGAAAUUGCUUCGCGUGACCUCGUAUCUAAUUCGAUUCGGGAAUCUCGCGCGACGGCAAAAUCAAUCACUCGAACGCAGUUCGCGCGUCGACGAAAUCGCCGCAGCCAAAGCGUACUGGCUCCGCUGUAUACAGGCAGCUAUGUUUCCCGCUGAAUUAGUCUGUCUCGCUGCGAAGAGAUCCGUGUCCAAAUCCAGUCCGCUUUCAUCUCUCAAUCCUUCGCUGAGCGACGACGGACUCAUCCGCGUCCGCGGACGUCUACGUCACGCUCGCCUGCCAGAUUCGACGAAGUACCCGAUCGUCCUUCGGUCGCAUCCUCUCCUUUCCCUCAUCAUCGAUCAUCACCAUCAUCGCAUGCUACACGGCGGUUCACAACUCACUCUCGCAUCCUUACGUUCCGAAUUCUGGAUUCUUCGCGCUCGCACUUGUACCCGCGCAGUCCUUCACAAAUGUGUGCGAUGUGCCCGCGAGGCUGCGACCAUUCCAAAUGAACUCAUGGGAGAUCUUCCGUCGGUUCGCGUAAAUCGCGCGGCGCGACCGUUUUCACACACGGGAGUCGAUUAUGCUGGUCCUAUUUUGUUACGAAGUACACCCGGGCGCGGACAUAAGUCUCACAAAGCGUACAUCGCCCUGUUUGUAUGCCUCACUACUAAGGCUAUCCACCUUGAAGUCGUGACCGAUUAUACUUCGGCCACCUUUAUCGCGGCGUAUCAUCGGUUCGUGUCCAGACGAGGUCUUCCCCAGGGGAUGUAUUGCGAUAAUGGCACAACUUUCCAAGGAGCCGAUCGCGAAUUAGCCGAUGCACAUCGUCGCGCCCUCCGCGAUCCAAAUUUUAUUGAGGCGACCGCUUGCGAAAAAACAUCGUGGCAUUUCCUUCCCCCGGCCGCCCCACAUUUCGGUGGUCUCUGGGAGGCCGGUGUGCGUAGCGUCAAAACGCACCUCAAACGUUGCAUAGGUGCUCACACUCUCACGUACGAAGAAAUGAACACCCUUCUCUGUAAAAUCGAAGCGUGUUUAAAUUCUCGACCGUUAUCCGCCGUCUCCGAGAAUCUGGAAGACUACCGCGUUUUAACUCCUGGGCAUUUUUUAAUCGGCGCUCCGUUAGCAGCGGUUCCCGAACCCAGCGUUCUCGACCUGCAUGAAAAUCGAUUGUCACGCUGGCAGAUGACGCAGCGCAUCACCGAAGGUUUUUGGAGAUCUUGGCGCAACGAUUACUUGCUCACCCUCCAACAACGCCCAAAAUGGCGAAUUGUACAAAAAUUAGCGCGCGUCGGUCAGUUAGUUCUUCUACGAAAUCCGCUAGCUCCCCCGAGUCAAUGGGAGCUCGGCCGAAUUGUUGCGUGCCAUCCCGGAGCCGACGGCUUGACGAGAGUCGUCACCGUCCGAACGAGCCGCGCAGAAUAUAAGCGCCCUAUCACCAAAAUUUGUUAUCUUCCCGUCGACAUCAAUCAAGAGAUGUCAAUGAUAUCCGGCUCGGCGGGCGGAGAUAAAAAGUAA